AUGACGAGUGCAGAAGGUGAUGAACAGGACAGUGACAUCUACGUUCAUGGCACGAAAGGAAUCCAGACCUUCCGCCUUUGCUCUUCGCCCCAGCAUUCUCGUGGGUCGCUUGUCCAGAGUUGCGCCGUGCUUCAUCAGCAGUCGGAAGAGCUCUUCGUCGUCCUUCAUGAUGGUUUUGCCCAGCGCGUUGCGGAGAAUGACGUCGCUGUGAAAGUCGGCGUCAUGGCGUCAUGUGCCCUCGGUGGUAUCGAUGGCCACAUCUGUCAAAUCCGGUAUAGGCAGCGAGCGGAGAGCGGGCGUCUGCUGUGGCCCAUCGACGCCCAAUGCACAAACAGUGCUUCCCAGGUCUACUGUCGAAAGCCAAUCCACGAGACGCGCAGAGCCGAAGCAUUAGACGUACCACAUGAGCGUAUCGUGGCCUUCGCGCAGGCGCUGGUUCUCCUCACGCAAGUGCGUGAUCUCAUCCUCAGUGACAGAGACGGCACGGGUAUUGUGGGUGCCCUCCCGCGAGAGUCCAAGUCGAGAGUCGAGUCUUACUGGUUCAGGGCCGAGUUGGGGCCGUCCUCAGCGACGCAUGAUCCGCAGUAA